GCGAUAGAACGGGUCAAAGGAACUGCAGUGGGUCCAGGCAUACUCGACAACAGAACACAAUGUCCCACCUAACCGGCAUUCCAGCUUCAGAAGAGUUAAAGGAUAUCUUUGCCAGAGCCAGAAACGGAGAAUUCUGUGUUUUGAAAAUUGUGAUUGAAAACGAACAGCUCAAGGUGGGUGCUUCCAGAGAGUCGGUUACCAGCUGGGACCAGGAGUAUGAUUCAUGCAUCCUUCCUCUUCUUGAGGAACAACAACCUGCCUAUAUCUUGUAUCGAUUGGACACCAUGAACGCUCAGGGAUUUCAAUGGCUCUUUAUUGCCUGGUCACCUGACCUUUCACCAGUUCGCCAAAAGAUGUUAUAUGCAGCAACAAGAGCAACAUUGAAGAAGGAAUUUGGGGGUAGCCACAUCAAAGAUGAAAUAUUUGGAACAGUAAGGGAGGAUGUUUCCUUUAGUGGUUAUAGAAAACAUCUUGUUUCACAAAGAGAUCCUGCCCCGCUAACUGCAGCUGAAGAGGAGCUACGGCAAAUCAAAAUGAAUGAGGGGAAUGCUGAAAUCAGUAUAGAAACUAAGCAACCAACUUUGCAGGGAGUAGCCUUUCCUAUACAGGAAGAUGCUAUACAAGCCCUGGACAAACUCAGGAACAAACAGCUCAGCUAUGUACAACUUAAAAUAGACUUUAAUCAAGAAACUAUAAAGUUGGCAGAUACAACCCAUACGGAGAUAGGCGAUUUACCAAAGCGUGUACCAAAGGAUUCUGCUCGUUAUAAUUUCUUCCUCUAUAAGCACUCUCAUGAAGGAGACUAUUUGGAGUCUAUAGUGUUUAUAUAUUCUAUGCCUGGCUACACAUGUAGUAUUCGAGAGCGAAUGUUGUACUCCAGUUGUAAGAGUCCCUUGAUUGACAUGGUGGAAAAACAAAUAGCACUGGAAAUAACUAAAAAGAUUGAAAUUGAUGAUGGCAAUGAGCUGACUGCUGACUUCUUGUAUGAAGAGGUUCAUCCAAAGCAGCACGCACACAGACAGAUCUUUGCCAAACCAAAGGGUCCUGCAGGCAAGAGGGGAAUAAGACGAUUAAUACGGGGGCCAGCAGAACCUGAGAAAACUGACUAAAAUUGCAAUUUCCAAGGUUUUGCUUUUUUGAACAUUUUUAAAAAGCUUUUUAUUUAAUACUAGUCUUAUAUAUUGAUGCCAUUCCAUGUCAUUUUAUUCAAAUCCAGUUAUAAUUUUUUUUGUGCUGUUUGUUUUGCUUACUAAGUCUUUAAGUGUUGAGUUGGACUUAUAUCAUUGGUAGUACUUUUAUUUUCGUUAUUUACUUUUUUCAGAUUUCCAGCGCUCAAACUUUUUUUCAUGUCUUAAUCCACAGUGAUACUGUUCUUGUGUUCAUGGUUAAAAGUUGUUAUCUUUUUGAAUUGAUGCAUUAUAUAGUUGACACUUGAUCGGCUUUCUUAGUGUCCUUGGCAUUCUUCUGUUUUGGUUAGUUCUGCAAUCUGCAUUUGUUUAGAGCAAACCACCAACUGGAUUUCAGUUGAGUUGUGCCAAGUUUUUCCACUUUCUUGAUUAAUGGAGCUUUAAUGCAGUCAAAUUAUGCAACCCAAAUAGAUCUAAAUAAAAUUCUUAAAUAUUUUAUACUA